UCCAGAUGAUUCAAAGCAUCGUGCCUGACGAAUAUGAUCUGCACGUUCCGUAUACAGCCGUUCUCGUUGAGACCCGACCUCCUCAUCAUCAUCAUCAACGUCCCCUUCCAUCACCGAUGGACCCGACUUUGUCUUACCACUGAAAAUGAACAAGGCGAAUAUGGACGCUUUGCCUGCUGCGCUCAAUAUCCUGAAUGAUUUCCUACGAAGCCGACGAGUCACCAUGUACGACGAUGCCGUCCGGGUGACUGUGGGUGUUGGGGAACCGAAAAUCGUGCCAACAGCCGUACGCUCGGAUACCAUCACGACUCGAGCCACGACGACGGCUAUCCAGCAACCACCCGCUCGUUCAUCGAGCUAUCCCUUUUUCAAUGCAUACAAUACCGAAGAAACCACAUCCACAUGGAAAAACUUUCCGGAUCGCUCUGUGGAUAACAUUCGAGCCAUUUUUGACGCGCCAAUGGACUUGACCGAGCAGGAACGGAUUGUCUUGAGCAAUUAUCGAUAUCACAGCAUGGGAAUGCCAUCGUCUGGUUUUGGUUUACCAAACGUGACCACCACCCCGGCUAAUAAAGACAUCUGGGCCACGCCAGGUCAGCGAGGAAGCAUUGGUGGCGGAGGAACAAGUAAAGUGCCGGGAGCUGGCUAUCCUGGACCCGUAAUUCCACCUGUCACCGAGAGCCGAAGCGCUACCAGUAGUAGGAUGUUUGCCAUGGAUGAGCCUCCUUCGACACAAUUUUUGAAUAUGGGCAUGCAAGCCAAAGAUUUUGAUCCUUACAACGACGAUGAUGACUUGACGGCUGCAUUAAAAUCCAGUCAACCUAUUCAACCGCCUAUGCCUGAAAAUCAUUUCAAGGUGCCGGCAUUCGGGCCUGGUCCUUACGGAACUUACCCGACGCGAUCACCACCGGCGGAUCCACAGCAGUUACAACGGCAGAAUUUCAUGUUUGGACCGCCGUCCUCCGAUGACCCUCAUGGUAAGUCAAAUGUUUUGCGCUACUGACGUUUUUUCCGGACCAUCAUCCUCUAAAAACCAUUGAUUUACAGUGUCAAGUAUUCUUUCUUCCUUUGAUCCGUCCAAUCCCAACCGACCACCGGCCCAACGCCGAGAAUCAUCCAAAGGACGCCCGCCACCAGGAAUCGAUAUCUAGACCUUCAUCCGCUAUUCCUCUUUACUACAUCUUUAUCCGAA